UGUUUCAAUUCAAUCAAGACUCUAGUUGGCUUGUUGAGCUACAACAAUUAAAAGGUAUUCCUAGGUACGAUAUUCUUAAGAGUAAAGCAAUUUAUACAGCAGUCUAGAUAUUCGUUGGCAGCAGCACGAGCUUAAGCUAGAACAGCUUUCGAAUCAGCCCUUCAACCUGCUUCGAUCCAUUGCAGAGUCUGAACCGUUACCAGUAGCUGAAUCCGUGACUACGACAGAAACUUCAGGUAUGGAAGACGACAUGGAGUACGAAGAAGACGAUAUUUGGACCAGUAAUGCUAUCCAGACGACAUUCAACACAUUAUCGUGGGAUACACAUAAUGCUCAUUAUCCUUCAUUUGCGCAAACGAAACUUGCUCAAAAAAACAUUGGCACACCUUUUUUGUCAGAAGCCCCGACCAGUUUAUUUGAACCUGUUGUUCAGUCACGAACGGAUACGACAGCUCAAGUAGUCUAUGAAUCAAAACUGGUAAAAAGUUUAAUUCAAGCCAUGGUUGGAUUACCUUCCAUUUAUUUCGUUUGGAAUCAUAACCGAUUUGAAAUGUUGCCUAUUCGAAUAUUAGGUGUGAGCGCGGUCGCUAUCCAACCCGUUUUAAAAGAUAUUUUAUUAUUUGGAACAAGAUUAAGAAGAAUCGAAUAUGUCGCACAUAUGUGUAGAGAUAACCCAGAACGUUAUGGAUUAACAGGCUUAGCAUUAUCAUCCUGUCUAUCACAGCUACAUGUCAAUAUGCAAUAUACACUCGUUUCAGUAUUUGAAAAAGAGGAUCAUGUUACUGUACUAAGACUUUAUGAAUACGUGAAUGAUUUAUCAACGCUAACCAAGCAAUUGUGUGAUUUAUGUUGUGUUGAUUCCAAUUCGCAGGUCAGACGUAAACCGACACGCGCUUCAUUCACUCUUAUUUUCUUACCUUUGUCUCAUUAGUUAACUAGAGAACAGAAAGAUCACGUUAAAAAGUAUGGAUUUUAUUUGCCGUUCGGUGUUGAUAUUUUGAAUCUGUUGUAUGCUGAAAUACAGCAAUCUGAUCUUGCGCAGUCUGGAAAUCAUGCAUUGUACAGAGAUGUUUGUUUAUCUUUGCUGUGUCAAGCCAGCGAACCCUACAAUAGUAUACUCAGUAGCUGGCUUGGCCUAGAGUCAAGUGGAUUUUUGGUGGAUCCAUACAGCGAAUUCUUCAUUAUGACACAUGGACAUGUACAAGAUUUAUUAAAGCGAUUCCAGGUAUGCUGUUUUGAUGU